AUGGUUGGACGUGCUAGAGGUCGUGGACAAGGGAACCAAGCCCAACACACAGAGAUGGCUGAGAUGCGGCGUAUGAUGGAAGACUUGUCGAGAGCGGUGCAAGCCCUCCAACGACAGGAACGCGCGGAUGCCUAUAUGGAGAUUCCGGAACGCAACCGCGGACCCUUACACAUACCGGAAGGUGGUGGUGAGGAUGAAUAUGAAGACGAAACGGACGUCGACAACCUUUUUCAUGAAGCUGGAAACCAUGGUGGUGGUCAUCGAGGUGGAUUGGAAGAGCGGUUGGUUCGUGCGUUGGAUUUGAAUGGUGGAGGAAUUAAAAUUGAAGUUGUUGAUUUCUAUGGAAAGAUGCAUGUUGAAGAUUAUUUGGAUUGGGAGGCAAGUCUAGAGAAUUAUUUUGAAUGGAAGCCUAUGGCAGAAGAUCGCAAGGUGUUGUUUGUAAAGCUUAAAUUGAAGAGUACCGCGCUUCAAUGGUGGAAGAGAGUUGAAGAGCAGCGUGCUCGGCAGGGGAAGCAGAAGAUCAACACAUGGGAUCGUAUGAAAUCCAAGUUACGAAAGCAGUUUUUACCUGCUGAUUAUACCAUGGAGUUAUAUGAGCAGUUUCAUAACUUAAAGCAACGAGACAUGUCUGUUGAAGAAUAUACAUCAGAGUUUAAUAAUCUCUCAAUUCGAGUUGGUUUGAAUGAGACUAAUGAACAGAUGACAUCUCGUUAUCUUUCUGGUUUGAAUCAGACAAUUCGAGAUGAGAUGGGGGUGGUUCGUUUGUUCAACCUUGAAGAUGCUCGACAAUAUGCUUUAAUGGCAGAGCGAAGACUACCGCGUCGUGGUGGAAAGAGAGCAGUUUCCAACCACCCAGACACGGGUUCGCAAAGCGAUGAAAAAGCCAAUCCAAGUACCCGAAUAGGUGGUAGGAACUCGGGUGCUAAUAAGAGUGAAAAGGGGAAGGAAACAACACAAUUUCAUCCUCCAAACGGCGCUAAUGUCAAGAAUUCCAAGGCUGGAAGUACUUCACAAGCUCGAUGUUUCAAUUGCGGAGAGGCGGGGCAUAAAUCUUACGCUUGUCCACAAAGAAGAAUAAAUUUGGUAGGUGAUAAGAUCAACUUUCCAGAGCCAUCGUAUGAUGUUUAUGGCAACGAAGAGGAAGUUAUUGAUCUCUUACCAGUUGAAGGAGAAUGUUUGUUGGUAAGACGAGUGAUGACAACUCCCAAAGUUGAGGAAGAGGAUUGGCGUCGACAUAAUAUAUUCCGAACACGAGUCCUUUGUGGGAAAAAGGUGUGCAACGUGAUUUUUGAUGGAGGAAGUAGUGAAAACAUUAUUUCAAAGGAGGCGGUAGAAAAAUUGAAGUUACCAAUUGAGAAGCAUCCUAAUCCCAACAAGGUUGCAUGGUUUCGAAAGGGAAGCGAAGUACCAAUCACUUCAAGGUGUUUGGUUAAAUUUACUAUUGGUAAUACCAUUGAGGAUGAAGCUUGGUGUGAUGUUGUUCCCACAGACGCAUGUCAUAUCUUAUUGGGAAGACCAUGGUUGUUUGACAAAGACAUGAUGCAUUCUACUAAAGCUAACACCUAUUCAUUCUAUAAGGAUGGGAGAAAGUGGACUUUGCAGUCGCUUGAAGAAGGACUCUGCCAUGAGUUUGACAUUGAGAGCAAGAAGGUGGCGUCUGUGUAUCCACUUGUUACUAAGAAGGAUGUUGAGGGAGCUUCGAAUAAAUUAGAAGAUGACAAUAUCCUAAAUUUAGAAAACCCUCCCGUGUUUGACUAUUGUUUGGAAGAAGAUUGUGAAGUUUGUUUGGGAAUUGAGAAAGCUUUUGACAAGGUAUUUGAUGAGAGUAAACAAGCUGAAUCUAGUGUAAUCUUGAAGGCAGUGAAUCACGAAGAAGCUGGGUUUGAACUUUUGAAGCAACACAAUCAACCCACAUUUGAAGGAAAGGAGAUUCAAGAAAUUCUUGGGGGAAUUGUUGGAGAUGAGAUGAAUUCCUUCAAAGGUGAUACUUAUGAGUAUGCUGAUUUUCUUGGGGUUGAUUCUUUUAAUUUGCAAACUACCAAGAACGUCAUUGACCUUGUUAGACUACGGGUUUUUGGCGUGAAGAGUUUUUGGACUGAGAGUUUGGCUGCAGAAGAUAUCUGGUACUGUUCCAGAAGGAUCAAAUAUUCUAAAUAUCUAUUUCUUUGGUGUGGGAAGGUUCAAUAUCAAAGCCAAAGUUCUAUGGACAACUUAUCUAAGAGGAGGUUAUGUCUAGGCGGUUUUCACCAAACGAUUGGAAUUCGAGGAAGAAUUCUUCCCAACCCGGUGGAGUUGAUGCAGGAGCAUCUAUUAGACUUCCUAAUCUAA